AUGCGCCAAACGAUAUGGACUUUGUCAACAUGUCUGCGACGUACACCGCGGCCCUUGUCGCUACGAGGCAUUCGUCUGCAAACCACAGCAGCGGCUGAUGGAGCCAUUUCUACUGCCCUGCUUUCACGAGCUAGGUCAAUGGCAAAAGAACACGAUGAAGUUACAGCAAAACUCGCCGAAAACUUCGAUACAAAAGCAGCCAAGAAGUUGGGACAACUGUCUUCCGUCAACAAUGCAUUGAAAGAGUGGGAAAAGGCAAACGAUUCUUUGUCAGAAUUGCGUACACUUCUAUCCGACCCGAAGACAGACAAGGAUCUCGUUGAACUGGCAGAAGAAGAUCUGGAGUCCUCGCAGAACGAGUUCUCAAAAGCCUCUGAUGAGCUCAAACUUGCGCUCGUGCCUCGUCAUCCGUUCGCCGAAUUGCCUUGUCUGAUCGAAAUCAGGCCGGGAGCAGGUGGAGGAGAGGCUGCACUGUUUGCUGGUGACUUGCUGCGCAUGUACACUUCAUACUGCAAUCGUCUAGGCCUCCGAACAUCACUGCUACAGUACGAAGAUGCCGACGGCCAUGGCGAUCCACGAGGCUCAGACGCGCCACUGCAAGAAGCGGUGCUCGAAGUCGAGUCUACUGGCGCAUAUGGCAUGUUGAGAUGCGAGGCAGGAGUGCACAGAGUCCAGCGCGUGCCCGCGACAGAAAGCAAAGGACGCACACACACAAGCGCCGCAUCCGUCCUCGUACUCCCAUCCUUCCCCGAAGACCCCUCGGCAGAAUUGGGAGAAAACAGCUUCGACGACCCGAAUAGUGAUUACUACGUCGACCCCAAAGAUGUCCGUACCGAUGUCAUGCGUGCAAGAGGAGCAGGUGGACAACACGUCAACACAACAGACAGUGCUAUCCGAUUGACCCAUUUGCCAACCGGCACCGUCGCUGCUUGCCAGGACUCGCGGUCACAACCAAAGAACAGAGAAAAAGCAUGGAGGCUGCUCAGAAGCAGAAUCGCCCAGUCAAGGCGUGAACAAAGAGAAGAAGAAUUGAUUGCAUUGCGCCGCAGUGUGGUCGGUGUUGCAAAGAUGGGCAGAGAAAACAAGAUCAGGACAUACAACUGGGGCCAACAGAGAGUGACAGACCACCGCAGCGGCAUUAGUGUACACGACUUGGAUGAUGUCCUAGAAGGAGGCAUUGAACUCGAGCGUGUUAUGGAGAGUGUCAGGGGAUGGCUCAGUGAGCAAGAGGUGCUGGGCCUGGCUGCCGAAGAUGAGCUGGCUGCUAAAAAGGACGCUUGA